AUGGACGACAUCGACAUCCUCAAAUCGACACUAUCACCUUCCAACUCCAUCGACAUGUCGUCCACAAUCCUCCUCAACAACAACAACAGCUCCCACUACCCUCCACUCCCCUUCUUCUCCGACUUCUCAUCUCCCUCCUUCCACACCGCACAGCCAGUGCUGCCGAACCAACAGAACCGGCAGAAGCGCGGCGGCGGCGGGGGCGGGGGCGGGGGCGGGGGCGGGGGAAUGGCAGCAAUGAGAGAGAUGAUAUUCCGAAUAGCAGCAAUGCAGCCAAUACAAAUAGACCCAGAGGAGAUAAAGGCGCCAAAGCGGCGAAACGUGAGAAUCUCGAAGGACCCACAGAGCGUGGCGGCGCGGCAGCGGAGGGAGAGAAUCAGCCAGAAGAUUAGGAUUCUGCAGCGGCUGGUGCCUGGGGGAACUAAGAUGGACACGGCGUCGAUGCUGGAUGAGGCGGUUCAUUAUGUGAAGUUCUUGAAGAGGCAAGUGCAAACGCUGGAGCAGGCAGGGUUUCACAAUGCUAAUACUACUAAUAAUAAUAACAACUGUCCUAACCUUAGCUACUCUUCUGCGCUUUUCAAAGCUUGCCAAAUGCCCCACGCUCCAUCUAUGCCUGGCUCUUUGCAAAUGCAUUGA